CGGGAGACCACCCGAGGGGCAGGACGAGACCCCGCCCGGGCAGAAACUCCCGGGACACAGGGAGAUCCCUUUGGUGGCCGAGACCCCUGCCCUGGGCCAGCCCUGCCCUUCACCCCCGCACCACCGCAGAGGCCGCGAUCGGGCCUGGACCUUUUCCCGGCAGCCACCCACUCUGGACUCAGACUCCAACUGCCAGGCUGAGACCCCGCAGACCUGGGAUCCGCCCCCUUCCCUGCCCUCUCACUCCAGACCCUCCCUGAGCGCGCAGGCAGCGGAGACCUUCCUCCGUCCCGCCUCUCCAGGCCUUGCGGACGCCCCAGCCUGUUCAGGCCUUUCUUGCCGGCUUGCCUGCCCCCUUGCCUCUGUCCCAGCCUGGCAUCCACACAGCACCCCCACUGUCCCUCCGCCCCAGGCCCGUGUCCUACCCUAGGCCUCCCACAGCCUCACUCUGCCUGCGACUUUGGAGGGUGAGAUCGGACCGCCUUCCCCCGGAGCCACAGCCUCCCCUGCUUCUGCCGGCCUGGGGCGGCGGCCCUCCCCAUCCCUCUUCACAAGCAGGCCAGAGCCCUUUCCUGGUGGUCAGGUCCCUUCUCUGUGUCCCCCGCCCACAAGAACCAGGUUUCCGUAAUAAAUUCUUUCCCCUCUUUAGUUGGGACUCAGCCAGCAGCAACGGGGGAGUGGGGAGAUAUGCAGACAACUGGGGAAGAGCCCCAGGAGCUUGAGGAGCGGGCCUGGGUGUGCCUCGGCUCUGGGGCCCUGGCCAGCCGUGCCCACCAAGGGGCUAGUGAGCCUUUGGAGGUCACUGCGCUGUGGUCUCUGCGAGGGGCCAGGCGGAUGGGGUUCCAAUUCCAGCCCCCCUCAGCCUGGAGGCCUCCGCAACUGCAUACCUCACACAGAAGCAAACCUGCCUCUGGCGGGUUGGGGGGGAGUCCUGGUUGGCUCCCCAAGAGGCUCAAUACACAUUGAUCUGCUCUCUUCCCUCAGACUAAGCUUUUGGGGUCAGCUGAGCAGUCAGCCACAUGCUUUUGAAGUCUGCACAGCCACCCCUGGGCUGUGCGCUUGUACUGGUGGCUUGGGGAUGGUUCCUUGGGUUGAGCAGGGUUGAGUCUGGGUCCCUGCUGACCCCAGUUCUGGACAGGGAUCCACACCGGAUCUGGGACAGAGCUGGCCCCUCACUGACCCAGCCAGCUUCCCCCACCCCUGGCUGUGUGCAGUCCCCGGGAGGCUGUGGGCAGCACAGCAGGGCUGUGGGAACAAUCUAGCCUUUUGCAGAGGUGACCAGAGAAAGAAGGAACUUCCCUCGUGAAGGGGACAAAACAUGACCCCCCACCCUGUGGGGGGCGGAGAAGGGCCUUGGAGGCCAUGGAAGGCUGGGUGGGCCAGGUGGGAGCACAGCAUGAAGCCUCAGGAGAGAGUGAGGGGAGCAGCUGUGGCUGGCAAACCUCUGGACUGGGGAGGUGGCUGGGUCGUGGGGGUGCUGUGGAGUGGGGAGAGAGCUGGCAAAGGUGCCAGGUGGUUCCUGUGCCUGUGAGGCCCCUGGGCCCGGGGGUAGGGAUGAUGACUGGUCAACAAUCGUGUUUACGCCUCUGGAGACUGGAGCCAUGGAAAGCUGGCAUCACGAAGCCUCUGGCUUGGUCUUGGGGAAGAUGAUCAAUGAGCAGCACUGUGCCCUUGGCUGUGGUGACCAUCUGUCCCCUCUGAGGAGGUCACCCCAGGGCUGGACUCUGCACAGCCUAAGGGGGGAAGGCCUGCCAGGGGCGAUGAGGGCGCUGUAGCCUGAGCAGAGAUGCCACCCAAAUUUGUGUGGGGGGUGGGGAGCAGGCCAAGCACUCCCCUGACCGGAGCUGCAGGACAUGAGGGUCUCACAGCCUUGGGUGGCUGGGUUGCGUCAUCUCUGCUCCUGUUUGUCACGGGAGAGACACACACACACACACACACACUGCAUUAAAAAGCGUAUCUGUGGAGGAAAGCAAAGCAGGGGGGAGAAUGGGGUGUUUCAGGGUUCAGUAGGAGGGCGAGUUCUUGCCGAGGAGGUACAGGGUGAGCACAGCUCUGGAGGGAGGACGCACACAGCCCAGACAUCCUGGGCGAUAUGUCUCUGGCAGUGGGAGCAGCAGGUGCAAAGGGGCACGCAGCUCGGCACGCCCGAGCUGUGCGGGAGUGGAGAGGUGUGGCCCCAGGGGCCUUGUGUGGGGGCUUUGGGGAAAUGGGUGACAGCGGAGGGACACCGGCAGUGGGUUGUAGCAGUCCAGGCCGUGGGUGCUGGCCCGCAGCGGGCUAAGGCAAGCCCUGCGAGACUGACGGGUGGGGCCUUGGGACUCAUAGAUGCUGGUAUGGGUGUGAGGGGAGGUGCCCCGGGGGUUUGGGCUCAGCAGGGAACACGGACUCCUCCUGGUCAGCCCCUCUCAGGUGGUGGGUGGGCCACUUUGAGAAGAGGCUGCUGGGAUGGGAGUGGGCAGCCCUUGCCCCCACUUCUCACCUGGCUGUGGCCCCAGAAGGCUUUUCCCAUCAUCCUGGUUUGGGGCAAGAAGUCACGUGACCUGUGAUGCUAGGAUUGAAUAUACAGCCGCUUCCCUCCUCAUUCCCACCCUCCCUGGGCAUCUGACCCCAGGUGGACCUCCAAAUUAUCGCUGCCUUGUGUCCCCCAUUCUUGUGUGUAGGAGGUGGGGUUGUCGCCUGAGAUCUCCAAGUCAUUUAUGAAGGUGUCCCUUCUCCUCCUAGGAGGGAGCCAUGGAGCUGCUGCAGGAGCUGAAGGCCAUGCCAGUCACGCUGCACCUGUUGCAGGCCCCCAGGUCCCACAUGGGCACUCAGCCCCCUUGCUGGUCUCCUGCCCCACACUGUGGGGGUCUGGGUCCGGUUGCCGCCCCAGCCUGGGUGCUCACCCUGCAGUCCACCCGCGUCGGCGUGUCUGUCAACGCCCUGCGGAAGCACAGCUCGGAUGAGGACGUCAUCGCGCUGGCCAAGUCGCUCAUCAAGUCCUGGAAGAAGCUCCUGGAUGCUUCAGACGCCAAAGCCAGGGAGCGCCGGAGGGGCGGGCCUCUGCCCACGUCGUCUUCAAAGGAGGCCUCUGAGGCCGGUGAUCCCAGCCGCAAGAGGCCAGAGUUGCCCCGGACACUGACCCCGAGAAUGACCACGUUUCCCCCAGUGCCGGUCACCUGCGAUGCUGUGCGCAACAAGUGCCGGGAGAUGCUGAUGGCCGCGCUGCGGACGGACCGUGAGUGCCCAACGAGGCUGCCUCCCGCGCAGGCCCGAGGUGAGCACAUGGCCAUCGAUGCAGACUGCGAGCGCCUUUCGGCCCAGAUUGAGGAAUGCAUCUUCCGCGACGUGGGGAACACGGACAUGAAGUACAAGAACCGGGUGCGGAGCCGCAUCUCCAACCUCAAGGACGCCAAGAACCCCGGCCUGCGGCGCCAGGUGCUAUGCGGCUCCAUAACGCCCCAGCAGAUCGCCGUGAUGACGUCGGAGGAGAUGGCCAGCGACGAGCUGAAGGAGAUCCGCAAGGCCAUGACCAAGGAGGCCAUCCGCGAGCACCAGAUGGCGCGCACGGGCGGCACGCAGACUGACCUGUUCACCUGCGGAAAGUGCAGGAAGAAGAACUGCACCUACACGCAGGUGCAGACCCGCAGUUCUGACGAGCCCAUGACCACGUUCGUGGUCUGCAACGAGUGUGGGAACCGCUGGAAGUUCUGCUGAGCCUUUGUGCAGAUGUGCCUGCAACCAUGGUCCCUGGCCAGCGCUGGCUGUCACCCUCCUUGAGUCCUGCCCAGACACAGCUUCUCUGGAGACCCGUGCCCGCCUGCCGCCCCCGGAAGGCAGCCCCUGCCCAGCCCUGCUGCAGUGCACUCCCCCCUCCCCCCAAAGUAUUAAAUGUUUCUUUUUGCCACCGUGUUUUCCUUGGCCUUUGGUC